GCUCCCGCGCCCUGCCUGCCCGUGCCCCUGCCCCCUGCCCGGGAUGCGCCCGCCGCUGCCCGCACGGCCGGCGGCGCGGCCGAGGUGCGGUGCCGCUCCGCCUGUCGGAGCGGGAAGUCACCGCUCGGAGUGUGGCACAAAGGAGAGGUGGCUGGCGCGGAGCGGCAUCGAGCCGCGUGGGAACCCCUGGUCUAGGGAUCCUCACGCCCCGUGGGCAGAACGAUGUUCUCCGUGUGAGACCAUCACGCGGCGGACACGUCGGGUAACUUAAACGAGACGUUUGUCACCCCAGAAGGCUCAGGCCGCAGGGCUAAUGGAAAUUCGAGGACAGUUACUGAAGUUUGGAGUGGAGGGAAUGGGUCGGGAGCGCUGGGGAAGGGAGGAGGAACUCAAAAUGCCUUCCCUUUAACGAUCACGAGUUGAACCACACGGGAGCUCCCCUGUGAGGUGUACAUAUGUGCUACUCGGUGUUACAAAAUUCAAACUGAUGUCUAAAAGCCAGAAGCCAAGAAAAGUAACUAUUUGUUUUUCUGAGACUGUAAAUUGCCAGCACAUUCACUUAAGAAAAUAUCUUUAUAAGUUUAUUUGAGUUCUCUAAGACAUUUUUCUGUAGCAGAUGUUUGUUGUUUAAACUUCAUCUGCAACUAGCACAGCUUAAUUUCAGUGGAAAUGUGUAUUGAAAUGUACUGCUCUUCUCGAAUGUCCUUUCUGUUAAUGAGACUACCAGGGUAAGGGUGUCUGAUAAAUUUGGAAAGGCUUUACAUUUGGAAAGGCUUUACAGAUACAUAAAAUAUAAAAGGGUUUGGCUUCAGAUUUGCAUUCUUGUCUUUCCCUUUGCUGUUUUUAAAAUUCUGUCUUUUGGCCAAAAUGUGGUGCUGUACAUGCAAGCGGAGGGAGAACUGCAGCUCGGAUGGUGGUGGUGGUAAAGGGGCAUCAGGUUUCUUUGGUCAAGUCUGUUUGUGGCUGUUUGGAAAACAGGAAAAUAUGAUUCCAAAUUACAAGUCUGCUGAAUGCGUGGUAUCAUAUGUUCUUCUGCGGGCAAAAGUAUGUAGCAGAAGGUCAAGUUCUGUGCUCACUUUAUUCUCACUUGCUGCUUUGACUUCAGGAAAAUUGACAGCAGUUUGGUUCAGCCUUUAAAUACAGAAAUUUCUUAUUUCUUCUAGAUAUAAAGUGCCCAGUGACUUUUGAGAGGGUAAAAGCCCUCAGCUCCCUGUAGGACUCAUGACCAAAGAGCCCACUGGAAAGAGAGAGUCGAGAUGUAUGGGAGGGAGAUGGUUGCUGAAGGAUUUUAGCAUCCCCUUUACUACAGGUUUCCUGUUGCCUUCUGGCACUGGGAAUUAGUGUUCCCAGUGUUCCCAGAGAAAAAUUUCAGGCCAGGGGAGCCAGUGAGUGGUUUGACCCUGACUUUCCACCUGCAGCACUUUGGGGUUCAGUUGGAGAAGACAGAGGAGUUGUGUCUUGCCAUAGAGCAAGUCAAGAGGUUGUGGCCUUCCACACAGCAUUGCUUCUUUCAUGGUGUGUUGGGCAGAGGGACCAUACAGACGCUGGUGGACCCUAUCCACCAGUGAUGUGAUCCAUGUUAAAGAGCCCCUGCUCUAAUUUGAAAGGGUGCUUAACCCUGCCGGGAUCCUUGACCUCUGCAGGAGUCCACAUUAACCUCUCUCCAGUGGUUAAACUCCAAAGCAUGAAGAGUGGGUGAGGAGAUUGCACAGAAGGGGGGAUAUCUUGGUGCUCACAGCUUGGACCCCAGCUUCUCUCUCCAUCCUCGGAGCUGGGACAACAAAGAGCCUGGUUUGAGAGCCACUCUCCUGAGUUAAUCUGCAAGAUGUGCUGGAGGUGAGAAUAGACACAACGCCUACCCAGAGGAGCAUUGGAAGGAACGUGACUUGAUCUCCCUCUUGUGGAAAAUUAUUGGAACUAUAUUCUUGUGAUACUGAAGAAAAAAAAUCCAGCAUCCAUCAGGAAACAAAUGAUGGCAGCAGUUACCAUGUCACCUGAUGCUCAUGUCAGCCCUCAAGGAAAUGAAGAGGUGGACUCUCUCAUUGUACUGCAUUAUAAUUACACAGGAAAGCUUAUUUUAAGGGAAAAGGCAACUGAUAAAAUAGACCUGCCCACUAUUUCAUUUCUGAUCCUAUGUAGUUUCAUAGUCCUGGAAAACUUGAUGGUGUUGAUUGCCAUAUGGAAAAACAAUAAAUUUCACAACCGCAUGUACUUCUUUAUUGGCAAUCUAGCUCUCUGUGAUCUUUUAGCUGGGAUUGUUUACAAAGUAAACAUUCUUAUGUCUGGGAAGAAAACUCUGAGCUUGUCCUCUACAAUCUGGUUCAUUAGGGAAGGUAGCAUGUUUGUUGCCCUGGGAGCUUCCACUUUCAGCUUGCUAGCGAUAGCUAUUGAGCGGCACUUGACCAUGAUUAAAAUGAGGCCUUACGACGCAAAUAAAAAAUACAGAGUGUUCCUUCUCAUUGGUACAUGCUGGCUUAUUUCAAUUUCCUUGGGUGCCCUCCCCAUCCUUGGCUGGAACUGUAUAAACAACUUACCAGAUUGCUCAACAAUUUUGCCUCUGUACUCCAAAAAUUAUGUUGUGUUCUGCAUUAGUAUCUUCAUAGCCAUUUUGGUCGCCAUUGUCAUCCUUUAUGCCCGUAUCUACAUACUGGUUAAGUCCAGCAGUCGUAAUGUCACCAACCACAAUAACUCGGAGCGGUCCAUGGCACUCCUUAGGACUGUUGUGAUUGUCGUUAGUGUCUUCAUUGCAUGCUGGUCUCCACUGUUCAUCCUGUUCCUCAUCGAUGUGGCCUGCAGAGUCAAGGAGUGCUCCAUCUUGUACAAAGCGCACUGGUUUAUUGCUUUGGCAGUCAUCAAUUCUGCAAUGAACCCCAUCAUCUACACCCUGGCCAGUAAGGAAAUGCGUCGGGCUUUCUUCCGCCUUGUUUGUGGCUGCCUGGUGAAAUCCAAAGUGGCCAGAUCUUUGCCUAUUCAACCCACUCCAGAUCACAGUCGAAGUAAAUCCAGCAGCAGCAAUACCCAGAAGCCAAAAGAAGAUUUCCCACCAAUAAAUGUUCCCUCAUGUAUUGCUGAGAAAAAUGAAUCUUCAUUUCACAAUGGAAACUUCUGUAAGUAAGGGACUACUCAAAAGAAGUACUUUUCUGUGGUUUUUAGGUUUAAGCUACAAGUGUAGUUUAAAUAUUCAUGCACUUCAGUCACAGGGGAAAACACUAACCAUUUAUUUGACUUUGAGAACUUAUUUAUCAACAAUCAUUUGCUUUGGGUGUUCAUUCAGUGAUGCACCUGAUUCAGAAAAAGCCUUUUAUGCUACGCAGCAGCCAGGACAGAGUCCAUGCACAGCUAAGGACAUCAAGUGCCACAGUGGCAUUGCAUGCUAAGGCUUCAUUUGGCACCUCGUGGUCUUGGAAGACAUCACUAAAACCUGUUAGAUACUUCAGCAUUCACUAAAGACUGCUGACGAUUGUAAGAUGAGCCCAAUUAUUGCCAGCUGGGAGAAGAACUCAUUCCAUAAGUUGGUGAUUAUAGUUCUCUAUAUGUGUCUUGCUGUUGUUUUAAUGGCCUUAUAAGUAUGUGGUAUAAAUAGCUGUAUAUUUGUACAAUUUCUCAUUAAAAAGUCAUUGGUUGGUAAAAGUUUACAACAUGCUAAACAUUGUAUUGCAGUAUACAGUGUGACUAAUUGUACAAAUAGAUGCGUUUCAAUGGGGAUAUUUAAAAUGAAGUAGUAGCUUUUAACUGUCAGAAACUUUAACAAGUCAUAUCAAUGCAGUAUUUUUAUUUUUCCAUUGUUAUUCAGACUUUUCAUGUUUAGUGAAAGACAACAUGACAGUUGUCACUGUGGCAUUUCACAACAUAUUUUAAGUGAGCAGUAGUAAACCGUUGAGAGAGGAUAUAUAUUUGCUAUUUAAAGUAGCUAAAAUGUGACCCCCUCAAUACAUGUGUAACAAGUGUAUGUGCUGUUUCAAUGCAUAUAUUUUUGCUUACUAUUUCCAAUAUAUUUUAAAAUGUAUGUCCAACCUAUAUAAACCUGUGUACAUUGUGAAUGCACUACCUAAGCUGAGAUCCUUCAGUUCUGAAAGAGAGACGUAUCAUUUCAGAAAGCAGUGAACUACAGUGGGUUCCUGUGGAGUUCUUUCUUUCCUUUCUAGGCCCUACCGCAGUGUGGGAUUGUGUUAGAAAUUCUCCCUGGGAAGUUCUGCAAGUGGGACAAUAUCCCAUUUUCUGUCAGUGGGAUCCUAUGCUUCUACUGUUUCUGGACACUUCUGCAGAUGCAAGAGAGAAGAUGCAGUACAGCAGGGUCAUGCUGAAGGGCGUAUCUCCAUUUAUAACCAACCCUGCAUUGGAUCUGGAAGGAAGGUUUAUUUAGUUUGGAAGACCUGGAGCCCCAGCAGCCCUGACCUUUUGAGAGCCCAUUCCAGAGAAACCUGACAACAACUUUAUAGUUCAUCACUGCCUUACCAGCCUGAGUACAGGUUGAUGUUGAGUGUCAAAGCGGUUUCCUGAGUCCUGGAGUGGUAAAGACUUCACAGACAUCUGGUUUCAGGUCCCCAUGGAAGUGGCCUGUGGUACUUCCAUCAAUUGUACUUUAUGGCUGGAGGCUUCUGUGGAGUUUGAUGGGAAAUUCUGGGACAAGUUCCCAUUGUCUCAGUAAGAAUGUAUACAUCUAACUUUAUUGGGCUCUUUCAAAGAUUUGUGUUUAAUGUCUCAAAAUACACUUUGCCUUAUGCACAAUCAGAAGCAGUUGAGGCUUUUUUAAUACACAGCCUGAAAGAGCUCAUCCUUAGCUUUACUCUGGUCUUAAUCAUUUAAAGCAGCAGCAUUAGACUCUUCUCAAAUAUGUAUUGUGUGUAAGUUGUGUAUUGUAUGUAGCAAAAACCUUUAAAAUGUAGAGGUUUGCAUUGUGAUUAUCUUUUACGAAUUAAUAGUCUGUAAAUGUAGAAAAGUAUAUAAGAACAAAGAAGAAUUGUAUUUGAAUGAAAUAACUGUGAAAGAGAAUAGUAAAUAUGAAAUAAUUUCUACCAAAAAUGUUGAAAAGCAGUGCACUUAGAGAAGAAGAAAAAGCUAAACCAAGGUAAGCAUGAUAUAACUAUAUGGAUUGUAUAUAUAGCCUGCAGGAUCUGUAGGUUUGUGAGAAAUAAAACUGGUGACAUUGCAUUGCCAUGGCUUGAUUAGGUUUUUAGAUUUUACAUUGCUGUUGUGGCUGUAUUGUGGAAGUUCUCCCCUGAAGCUGUGGCUUUUAAAACUGUAAGCUCAAAUAUUUGUAUACUUGUGUUAGUUGCCAGAGUGGUGGCACAUGGCAGCUUCCUUGCUAUUGUAGAGCAGAUAGGCCUUAGGAACACAAUGGUUUGAGAAAACAUGGUUACUGACCCCACACCAACCCUCGUGUCAAGGAUGUUAUAUAAUUCUUGCUAUAUAGGUGAUAAAUAAAAAUUUUGAUGGCCAAAGUCUGAAAAGAUGUACAAUAAAAGUUUGACAUCUGCUUUCUAGACUUAGCUAUUGUCAGUAUUGGUGCAAGGUACAAGUAAUGCAAAGAACUCCACUGUUAAAGGCCAUGUGAUUGCUUGUUAGUACAAAACCAUUUCACUCUACUUUGAUUUCCUUCUCUUAUUUAGGAGCUGUGGGGAUAUUUUGUUAGUUCACUACCCUGCUGUACUUGAAGCAGGUUUCUAAGAUUCAUGGCUUCACAUGUAACAUUGCUAAUACAAUUUACAAAGUACUUAUGACUGGAGAAAAAAAACCUAUUGUCAGUACAAUCUUCAGUGAGUCCAUCCCAUUGGAAAGUACUAGAUAAGGCAUAGAUUUCAGAGCAGAAUUUAAAUUAGGACAAGUCAAGAGUUUAACAGUGGACCUUGAACAGCCAGGAAGAUGACUUACCCUUGAAGCUGGAAAAAGAUGGAGAAUAUCUUCUUUCACCCUAAAAUAAUAAAAAAUUCCUCCAAACACAUCCCAGAAUCUAACCUUUUGUCAUCCAGGCUGAUUUGAGCAUACAGGAAACCGAAUUUGGUUUUCUUUUCCAAUUGGUUUUGCAUGGAGCAAAGGCUAAGAAGCCUUUCAUUCAUACUAUUUAAUGAAUUGGAAUAUUUGUUUUGAUUAUGGAUUAUUAAAUAAAUGCAAAUCCAGUCACCUAUGGAGAAAAUAAAGGUUUUCACAAUCUGC